GCGUAGGUUACCUAACGUAACCUAACAAUGUAUACACUUUUACAACAAUAUAAACUGCUUGAUCGUCAGAGUUGAUGCUCAUCGUGAAACCAUUACUUAAAUAAAUAUUUUCAUUUUAAGUAUUUUUCUAUGUAUUUCAUAUGUAAGGUAGAAAUUGAACUCGUGUAAAUUGUUUUGAUUUAUAUGUAUGUGUCCCGAUGAAAGGAAAUAUGUUUGUUAGUUUUACAUGUAUAAUUUUUUCCUGUGUCUGGACAGCAGCAGUCAAUGCCAAACAAGAAACAUGGCGCAGUGAUCUGAGCGAUGCCAUACAAAUCGGAGUCUCGUCGGAAGGUUUUAGUCGCGCGGUUGUGGACUGCGGCGACCAAGAGAUGGCGUUCGUCAUCAGCCUCGACGAAGAGUUCGACGGAGUGCUGUAUACACGCGGCAGCUUUAGCUCUAAAAACACAAACUGCUUCCGAAAAGCAAACGGAGGGAAAGAUUUUGCCCUCAAAUUCUCUUACAAUGAAUGUGGUGUCAAAUUUGACGCAGCAGCUGGCGGAGACACGACGACUGUGAUCGUGCAGUUCGACGACGACCUCAUCUUUCCUGGCGACCUCGCUUUUGCGAUCAUUUGCAACAGGACGGCACCUCGUCUUGACGAUGACAACGACGAAGAAUCUGAUCUACCAAUGAGAUCGAGGAUAACACUCGUGGCUGCUGACCCAGGGGCACAAGAGACAGGGAGCGCUGCCGUCACAUCUUCUUCGACGUCGCAGGUCGCCACUCUAUAUCCUCCGGAACCCAAGAGCCACCAAGAAUUAUGAGAACUUGGAAACCUGAGAGGCAGUGUUUCUCAAAAUAAUGAUAAUAAUAAUAGCUUCAGCGUUUAUUAUACCGAAAGCCUGUCGCCGAUUCUUAACAUCCAGAAUAUUUACAGCUUGUUACGGUCUCAAACACUCAACUCACUGCUUCAAUUCUGCUGUGCCUUAAUCGCCUGGCCAUCUCGACGAUUUUGACCAGAACUGUUGCAGGUAGCUGGGACCAAACUACAACUCGCUGUACAAUCCGGUUUAUUACCUAGACCAUUCGUUUGAUUGUUACACUGUGAGCUUUCGGGCAAAAAUAUGUGUUGAUGAUGAUUGUCCCUGCUUUG